AUGACCAAAUCAAAGAGUCUGCUUAUCGGGGUGGAUGUUGGUGGGACCAACACUGAUUCCGUUCUUAUCAACCCUUUGGAGCUGGAGUCCCAGGACUCGGGAGUUUUGGCGUUCCAUAAGUCAGCAACCACGUUGGAUGUGAGUGAUGGGAUUCAAAAAGCAAUUGCAAAUUUAUUCGAGCAAAGACCAGACAUCUCAAAGCAAGAGGUUGCCAGUGUUACCAUAGGCACCACCCACUUUAUCAAUGCUGUUGUAGAGCAAGAUAGGGCCAAACUCGAGAGAGUAGCUGUGAUAAGAUUGGCAGGACCUUUCUCGCAGUUUGCACUGCCAUUUUCUGAUUUUCCAGCUGGUCUGGCCCACAUCUUGAAUGGAUACCAUGCUCUGCUUGAUGGUGGUCAUCGUGUGGACGGCACUGAAUUGAGGCCAUUGGACGUGAAAGGACUCCAAAAUCACGCUGAGAAGAUCAAAGAGCUCGGUAUCAAUGCAAUUGUCGUGAAUGGACAGUUUUCACCAAUGUACAGAGACCAUGAGCUGAGGGCCGCCGAGAUCAUCAGAUCGAUCAUACCCAGUGCCGACGUGAUCAUGUCCCAUACGGUCUCCACCAUCGGGUUUAUUGAAAGAGAAGACGCUUCAAUUCUCAAUGCAGCUGUGAUAUCAUUUGCUAAGAAGAUUAUUGCUUCUUUCAAGGGCGCUGUGAAGAGCUUGGGUUUAUCAUGUCCGGUGAUGCUUACCCAGAACGAUGGAACCGUUCUGUCUACCGAGGAGGCCAUUAGAACGCCUGUGAAAACUUUUUCUUCCGGGGCCACAAACUCAAUGAGAGGAGCGGCCCUUCUUUGUUCCAAAGAGAAGGCGAUUCAGGGUAAGUCGGUAAUUGUGGUUGAUGUUGGUGGGACCACCACCGAUGUGGGACUUUUGCUUCCCACCGGGUUUCCAAGACAGUCCUCGGCCUAUUCGCUUCUGGGAGGCGUCAGAACAAAUUUCUCUAUGCCUCAGGUUGAGUCCAUUGGUCUGGGAGGUGGUUCUCGUGUGAGAGUCUCAGAGAAUGAGAUUUCCGUUGGCCCCGACUCUGUGGGCUCUAACAUCAUCAAGGACGGUUUGGUGUUUGAAGGCUCAAUUACCACUGCCACAGAUGUGACCGUUGCAAUUGGACAGGAUGAUGUUUCGAUUAGGGACAAGUCUCUCUAUGAAGUGGGUAAUCCCGAUCUGGUCAGGGGAAAGUUUGACGAGAAGACCAAGGCCAUGUUCACUGCAGAACUGAAAGCAAUGAUGGAAAGGGUCAUAGAUAGGAUGAAGACGUCUCCCGAACCGUUGCCCGUUCUACUUGUCGGAGGAGGUUCCUUUAUUGCUCCUGAUCAUUUAGAUGGUGCUUCUGUUGUUCUGAGACCCCCAUACUUCGGAGUUGUCAAUGCCAUUGGUGCUGCCAUUGGGAAGAUCUCUGCAACAGUCCAGACCAUCAAGCAUAUUCAGCCUGGUGAAGACAAAGAUAUUGUUUUGGAGCAGCUUAAGGCCCAAGCUUUAGAAGAAGCUGUUGCUAAGGGAGCUUUGCGUGAUACUGUGGUAACGGUAGAUUUGCUUGUGAACCCUAUUCCAUAUGUUCCUAAUACAAUUGAGUUCCUGGUGAAAGUCAUUGGAGAUGUGGACUACGAGCAUGUUCAGCUAACAUCUGCUGAAUCGGCGAACGACGGUGAAAUUGAGACUGGUGGCCACGUUGUUAAGGACUCGUCCUUUUCCAAUGACAAAAUCACGCAUGUGGAGGUUGAAUUCGAUGCUAAGACGUAUGUUCCUCACAUCAACUCCGAAAAGGAGUGGAUUUUGUCUGAGGUGGAUGCAGAGUUCUUGAGAAUUGGAACCUACAUCCUCGGCUGUGGUGGUGGAGGAACUCCAUACCACCAUUGGCUUGCUCUCAGACACAUUAUCAGAUCGGGGCAAGAGGUGAAAAUCAUCGAACCCAGUGCCAUAUCGAAGUACACACCAGAAGGUGAUGAAGGAUGCGUUUUGGCAGUUGGCUAUGCAGGCUCUCCAACUGUUGCGUACGAGCAGUUAGCUGGUGUUGAAAUGUUUGAUGCUUACAAGAUGUUGGCCCGUUUCACUGGUCGUGAACCAUUUGCUACUCUUUCUUAUGAGAUUGGUGGAGGAAACGGCCUGACCGGGCUCAAGAUAGCGGCCGAGCUGGGAGUCCCAUGCAUUGAUGGUGAUCUGAUGGGAAGAGCAUACCCAACAAUUUGGCAAAUGAUUCCAAUGGCAUAUAGCGAUAAAACUGUUUUUACCCCAGGGUGUCUUUCUGAUGGUAAUGGAAAUACAAUCAUCAUGCCUGAGGCCGCCAAUGAUGUGCUACUGGAGAAAGUUUUCCGGGCGUCUCUGGCUGAAAUAGGUGCCCAUUGCGGUGCGGUCACUUAUAUUAACAACGAGGAUAUUGCUGAAAGGUCUAUUCUCAACUCAUGCUCGUUGUCGUGGAAAAUUGGCCGGGCAGUUCACAUCGCCAGACAAGAAUCCAAGGUUGAGGCUUUGCCAGAGAUCAUCAUCGAUGCUGUUGGUGGCUGUGAGUCGGGAAAGUGCAUCUUCAAAGGUAAAAUCGUCAGAGUUGAGAAGAAAUUGUUCAAAGGACAUGUUUAUGGUGAGAUAGACAUUGAGAACGAUGACAGAUCCGAAACUCUGACGAUUCCAUUCAAGAACGAGAAUAUCUACUGUGAAAAGGCCCUUGAUGGUGUAAAAGAGAUCGUGGCCUCUGUACCGGAUUUGAUUUCUGUCAACGACAAAGAUACGGGCGAAGCUCUGGGUACUCAGGAUUACAGGUACGGUCUUUUAGUGUUCGUGCUUGUCAUUGCUCCAAGCAACAGAUGGACGGACACCAAGAGGGCCAUUGAGAACGGUGGGCCCAAGGGUUUCGGAUAUGAGUUCGAUUACAAGCCCAGCGGAAAGUAUACGAUGCCCACAAGUGUUAUCGAAGAGUACUACAAAUAA